GAUGGGAAAGGUCGAAGCAGCGAGAGAGUGAAUGAGAAACUCGCCUGAUCCAUCGGAAUGUGUUAGCUGUGAUGGCUGCGACUUUUGACGUUCAGCCGGUCAAUCGGUUUGCUGGAAAAUGUCCGCCCUUGAAGAGACCGCAGGAAAUUGCCUACUUCUCGUACGAUGACGACCACAAGUUCCGUCUUGACGAGUCAUCGCUCAAAUACUUCUACCCGCCAGAGUAUUCUCAUCAUUUACCCGCUAACCUAUGUGAUGGCUUCGACACGUUCCAGAAGCAUGAUGAUUCCAUCGACGAGCAUCUUGAUAGUCUUUUGACUACCAUCAUGGAAAUGGAGAAGGCAGAGGGCAAGCGUUCUGAAGUCGAUUUCAUCACCUGGCGCGGUAUGGUGACUAAGAUCCUCACGGCGCCUUUUGAUCAUUUCAGCAAGUUCGAGAUGAACGCAACUCUUUUCCAAGGAACAAUAUUCAUUGAAGACUGCCACGAGGCAAAGGUCGCCGACCAAGGCCGCCAACGAAGCCAACCUUCACGACCAGGCGCUCAUUCUCAAGAUAUGAUGAGCUAUUGGGGCUAUAAAUUCGAGACACUAUGCGUGAUGCCAAAUACGUGGGGCGAAACCUCCCGAGAGUUCAUCGAAAACAGACACAAACAUAUCGUGAGCAACAAAGCUCAAUACUGUUCGGUGGUCAAAACUGGCUUUGCGAAUUCCAGCUUGAUCAUUGGCGGCGAGGUAGACGCAGUCCAGACCAAGAAGCCAUACGAUCCAGAAAUUCCCGGCUCAAAAGAUCGUCCGAUACCUUGGGUUGAACUGAAGACGUCAGAGGUGAUCCAAUCCGAUAGAGACGUCCUCAAAUUUGAGCGCAAACUCCUCAAGUUCUGGGCGCAGUCUUUCCUUCUAGGCGUUCCCAGAGUCACGGUCGGCUUCCGGACGAAGGAAGGCAUACUCACACAUCUUCAAAACCUGGAGGUCCUCAAGAUACCAGGCCAAGUCAAGAACGGCAAGGGAACGUGGGACGGGAACUCAUGCAUCAAUUUCACCGGAGCUUUCCUAGACUUUUUGAAGAAGACGAUCACAUCAGAGGGCAUUUGGAAGAUCCGCCGCCUGGAGAAAUCACCAGUCAUCGAGGUCUUCCAGGUUGAACCAAGCGGCCACGGUCGAAUCCUAACUCCUGAAUUUAUCAACUGGCGUCAGCAACAAAUUGCAGGUGAAGUGAUGCGAAUGCUAUGAUGAGCACUACUCUCGGUGGACCAGUCCCCGGUUUGAAAGCCAGCAGCAGACUGUAUCCUUCAAGAGACUCUCCAAACCUAGUUCGAGGGCGUUGGAAUUACCAAAACAUCACAAAAGUGUUCACUCGUCACUGAGUUGGACAUGUUGCAGGUAGGUAUGGAAGGAAGUAGGUCUCAUUCCAAACGUCAUCGUUAGGUAGGCGAGGCCAGGAAUAAAAGCAUGAAGUAACAAACUUUCUUGCCGUUAUUCCCGAAAACUUUGAUUCAGCGUACAACAUUUUCAGAGCGAUUAGUCCAGUAGGCAAGCCAAAAUCCACAAUCCUGAAUCGUCACAUUCUAGAACACCGGCUUGGCUUCCUAAUUGGUGUCUUCCAUGACGACUGACGAAGGAUCACAAACGUCUGUUUCAGAAUCCCGCG